UUUCCAUAUUGCUGUCAGAUCAAUCUACUAGCGACUAUGGUGCGUGGAGGUCACGUUCUGGUGUGUUUUUAUUUUGGUUGACAUGUCUCAACUAUAUCCCACGAUCUUACUUUGUGUUUAUGGAUUCUUCUCUAAUCUCCGACCUUCUGAGCCUUUCUUAACUGCGUUUUUGAUGGGCCCUGAUAAAAACCUUACUGAAACAGAGCUUGUAAAUGAAAUCUACCCAAUAUGGACCUAUUCCUACCUUGUGUUACUCUUCCCAGUCUUCCUGGCCACGGACUACCUGUGUUACAAGCCUGUGCUGAUCCUGCAGGCGGUGAGCUUGGUCGUGACCUACGUUAUGCUAGUGAAGGCCCAGGGCGUGCUGGCCAUGCAGCUUCUGGAGGUGUUCUUUGGCCUCGCCACUGCCACAGACAUAGCCUACUACUCUUACAUCUACAGUGUGGUGGAGCCGGCCCAGUACCAGAGAGUCACUGGCUACUGUCGUAGUAUUACGUUACUGGGCUCUGCCGCUGGCUCGCUGGCUGGGCAGCUGCUAGUGUCUGUGGCUCAGAUCCCGCUGCUCUACCUCAGUAUUAUCACAUUGGUGUCGGCCGUCUUGGCCUUCGUGGCGCCCUGGUUUUUGCCCAUGCCCGGUAAGAGCUUGUUCUUCCAUAAGAGCCAGGGGACAGAGGGGGAGAAGCCGGUGCAUCAGAACAGCAGGGUUCCCAUGGAUGAAGCAGAGGACCCUGAGAGCAAAAUACUUCUGAAGAUUGAUGAGGUCACCAUGGUCGUGACGGCCAGUGAUGGUGGUGGUGCUAGCAGUGGCUUAGUGGACGUGUUAAGGAUCCUAUGGGAAGACUUCCUGCAGUGCUACUCAUGCCCUGCCCUCCUGGCUUGGUCGGUGUGGUGGGCCCUCUCUACUUGUGGCUACUUCCAGUUGGUCAACUAUGUUCAGGCCCUGUGGGAGAAAGUCCUGCCCUCCCAGGAGUUUGAGAUCUACAAUGGAUACGUGGAGACAGUCUCCACCUUGUUAGGUGCGUUAGCAGCCUUCGGGGUGGGCUCAAUCAAGGUCUCCUGGGCAGUCUGGGGAGAGCUGGCUCUCUGCAUCUUCUCAGUGGUCAUGGCUGUGGCUGUGUACCUCAUGGACACCAUCAGGAACAUCUGGGUGUGCUACACCUCCUAUGUGGUCUUCAGAGCCACCUACAUGCUGCUGAUAACCAUCGCUACGUAUCAGAUUGCUGCCAACCUGAGUAUGCAGCGAUAUGCCUUGGUGUUUGGUGUGAACACUUUCAUUGCCCUGCUGCUUCAGACUCUGCUUACUGUUGUGGUAGUGGACUCUGUCGGGCUGGGCCUGGACAUUUUCCCACAGUUUCUCAUAUACGCCAGCUACUUCGCUGUGAUCGCAGUGAUCUUCCUCGUGGCCGGGCUGUACAAGCUGGUGUUGAGGAGAAGAUCCCGGCCAGCGGCCCAGCCUCAGACUGAUAGUGGAGAGACUGAGUCAGACUGCCUUAGCAGAGACUCUCCUCCCCGCAAUGAGCUGCAGCAGAUCACAGGGACAUGACUACCUGUUUAUGGUGCAGUACUACAAAGAGGAACAAGUCAGGGCCCAAUUCCAUUUAAACUCAGUCAAUUCAGGAUGAUUUGAAAUGGAAUUGACCCCAACCGUGGUCAUCAUACUAUGCAAGUGUGUUGUACUCCUUUGCUUGCUCAAACACAUCAUUCAUGGAUUGGGUGCAGGCCUAAAAACACUUGCAGAGUAUAACAUUUUAAUGUUUAUAUGAUAGCCUUAUGGGUUUAAUGAAAAUGUGUAGUUCGCCUAUAUUUAGGCGUUGUUUGUGAUUUCCAAUUUUUUUUGUCACACAAAAGCUGUAUUUGUGGUGUAUGUUACAUAGUCUACUAUCUGAUUUUCCCACUUUAAAUCGUUGACUUAACUACCAAAGUAAGUCAAUGGAUAAGCAAUAAAUGUUACAUUCU